UUUGGGUACUUCCUCUUUUAAUAAACUUCUUUCCUUUCCCAUAUUUUGCUUUGCUCUCGCUCCAACUGACAUUUGACUUUGACCAAUUGCUCUCUUCUCACUACGCGAGUAUGUCUUCCUCACUCAUUGCUUCCGCAGCGCUGAAGGCUCGCGUCCGCCGACCUUCUAUGCUGAAAAAGCUUGCUCGUGCGGAGGACUUAAUACCUCUUUUCCCGAAUGGGGCGUAUAUUGGUUGGUCUGGAUUUACGGGUGUUGGUUACCCUAAGUAUGCCUCCUUCUCAUUCAACUACAUCAUAUAUACUUAUCACGUAACUAGGAAAAUUCCCACAAUGCUUGCGAACCAUGUGGAGAAAAAUAACCUUCAAGGCAAACUGAAGUACUCACUGUUCGUGGGCGCUAGUUCCGGCGCGGAAACGGAGAAUCGGUGGGCGGAUUUGAAUAUGAUUGAGAGACGAAGUCCCCAUCAGGUUGGCAAGAGUAUUGCUAAGGGGAUCAAUAAUGGGAAUAUUCAUUUCUUUGAUAAGCAUUUGAGCAUGUUUCCGGUGGAUUUAGUAUAUGUGAGUCUUACCUAUAAUUUUGACGAGGGAGGGGUUGAGAUGCAGCAAGUAAACGGGGGGAAGAGGUAGCUGAUUGAUAUGUCACAGGGAUUUUAUACCAAGGAUCGUCCGAAAAAUAAGUUGGAUGUUGUUAUUGUUGAGGCUACGGCUAUCACUGAGGAUGGAGGAAUUGUACCCGGUGCUUCGGUUGGGGCCUCGCCUGAGCUGAUUCAGAUGGCGGAUAAGGUACGUGGUUAUUCCAUUUUAUUAGACAAUCUACAGUAUGAAGAGAUGGAAGUAAAGAUUAAUCCAAUGAAUCUACGAAUUGAAGCAGAUCGUACCCACUCAGUCCAGAUUCAGGCUCGAAGAGUCGCUUCUGGAAACGCGACUGAGUCUUGCCCCAUGGAAUUAGUAUUCAAAAGAGCAACUUGUCAUAGACUUGUGCAACUGAUGGGCAGUUACCUAUUGAAGAGCUUUGUGGGACAACCAUGCCGUCUGGGGAGAAAAUAAAACUACAUAGUUGCAAGAAUUUUGACGGAUUUGCUAACCAUUCAUUAGAUUAUUAUCGAAGUCAACACUUCUAUGCCCUCAUUCGAAGGUCUUCACGACAUCACUAUGACACAAGUACCCCCUCACCGAAAACCAUACUUGAUAAUGGCUCCCGAAGAUCGCAUCGGUACCACUUCUAUCCCAGUUGACCCCGACAAGGUUGUGGCAAUUAUCGAAUCAGACUAUCAAGACCAAACACAACCAAACUCCGCAGAAGACGACACAUCCAGAGCCAUUGCCCGCCACCUGAUCGAAUUCCUGGAGCACGAAGUGGCACAUGGCCGUCUACCAAGACAUCUGCUACCCCUUCAAUCCGGAAUUGGAAAUAUCGCAAAUGCAGUCAUUGGCGGACUUUCAGAAUCCAAAUUUGAGCAUCUCAAAGUUUGGACCGAAGUCCUUCAAGAUACCUUCCUGGACCUCUUCGACUCUGGCCGUCUAGACUUUGCAACUGCUACUUCUAUGCGUUUCUCGCCAGACGGAUUCAAGCGCUUCUAUGAUGGAUGGGAACAAUACCACAACAAACUACUUCUUCGUUCUCAACAAGUCUCAAAUUCCCCCGAAAUAAUUAGACGACUUGGAGUUAUUGGAAUGAACACGCCGGUUGAAGUAGAUAUCUACGCCCACGCCAACUCAACCUGCGUUAUGGGUAGUCGAAUGCUCAACGGCCUUGGCGGCUCAGCAGAUUUCCUCCGUUCCUCAAAAUACAGCAUUAUGCAUACCCCCUCCACCCGCCCCUCAAAGACCGAUCCUUUGGGCGUCUCAUGUAUUGUCCCAAUGUGUACACACGUCGACCAAACCGAGCACGAUCUCGAUGUCGUCGUCACCGAACAGGGUCUUGCGGACGUACGAGGAUUGAGUCCUAGAGAGAGGGCCAAGGUCAUCAUUGAGAAGUGUGCACAUCCGGAGUAUCGACCCAUUCUUCGGGAUUACUUUGCCAAGGCGGAGUUUGAGUGUAUGAAGCGUGGAUGGGGACAUGAGCCACAUUUAUUGUGGAAUAGUUUUGAUAUGCAUAAGGCGUUUGAUCUGGAGGGGAGUAUGAGGAAGAUCAAGACUUGGGGCUGAUUCGGUGGGGUUUUCAGGUGCUGAUUUCGAGAUAAUUAAGCGUGGUGGUUUGGUACUCUUGGAGUUUUUUGAAGUUUUGGGAGUUUUUUGG